AUGAAGAAGUAUUUUACCCCAAUAUCGAAAUCAAGUUUAGCCUCUCAUAGUCAUAGUCAAUCUAACCAAGAAGAAAAUGUCAAUCAUUCUGAAGUACCAUCACAUUCUUCUCAAGAAUUUGAUUUGAGUACUUUAAAGUUUGAUCCCGGUGAAAGAACUCCAAUAUUGAAUUAUCAUCCAAAUCAUCGUGAUGUUAUUAGAAGGGCAUACCUUGUGAAUGGUCCUUGUCAACCUCGCUUGGAGGUGCAUGAGUACCCUCAAACAAAUAUUUCUGGAGCAAUGCGUCGUUUUAAUCAUGAAUGGUUUGAUGAUGUAUAUCAUGAUUGGUUGGAGUACAGUGUUAGUAAAGAUGCAGCCUAUUGUUUGUAUUGCUAUCUAUUUAAAGAUCACAAUAUUAAUCAAGGUGGAGGCGAAGUAUUUUCAUGUACAGGAUUUAAGAAUUGGAAUAAAAAGAGUGGUCUUGACAAGCAUAUUGGUCUGCAGAAUAGCCCACAUAAUCGAUCAAAAAAGAAAUGUCAGGAUUUACUACGGCAACAACAGUCGAUUCAAUCUGCAUUUGAGAGACAAUCUAAUCAAAUUAAACAUGGAUAUUAUAUCCGCUUAAGUGUUUCGGUUGAUGUAGUAAGACUUCUCAUAACUCAAGGACUUGCAUUUCGAGGUCAUGAUGAAUCUAAAUCAUCACUUAGUAGGGGUAAUUUUCUUCAGAUUCUCUCAUGGUAUGCAAAAAGAUGUGAUAAAAUUCGUGAUUAUGUACUUGAACAUGCCCCUCAAAAUGAUCAAAUGACUUCUCCAAUAAUUCAAAAAGAUAUUGUGACUGCAUGCAAGAUAGAAACAGUUAAAGCUAUUCUCGAGGAACUAAAUGGUGACUACUUUGCCUUACUAGUUGAUGAAUCUUUUGAUAUUUCACGCAAGGAGCAAAUGGCUAUUGUAUUACGAUAUGUUGAUAGAAUGGGAUUCGUGAUGGUGCGACUUAUUGACAUUAUUCAUAUUCAAGAUACUAGUGCAUUAUCCUUGAAAGAGACAAUUAUUAAUUUACUUGCUCAACAUUCUUUGAGUCCAUCACGUGUGCGUGGACAAUGUUACGAUGGGGCAAGCAAUAUGCAAGGUGAGGUCAAUGGACUUAAAAUGUUGAUUAGGCAAGAAAGUAGAUCGGCUCAUUCUAUACAUUGUUUUGCUCAUCAACUUCAACUAACUCUUGUUGGGAUCUCUAAAAAGUGUGUUGAAGUGGGAAAACUUGUAGUAUUGGUCUCAAAUAUUUUUAAUGUAUUGGGAUCUUCUUUUAAGCGUAUGGAUGAUUUACGAGAUUCUCAAAAAGCAGCAAUUCAAGAUGCAUUAGAUAUGGGUGAAUUGACAACCGGUAGGGGCUUGAAUCAACAACUUGGUCUUUCAAGAGCUUGUGAUACUCGUUGGGGAUCUCAUUAUAAAUCCUUUAACAAUUUUAUUCUUAUGUUUGGCUCUAUUGUUGAAGUUCUUGAAUCACUUGCUCUUGAUGCACGAAGUAUGGAUGAAAGAGCCAAGGCAAUGGGACAUCUUGAAUCUUGUCAAACAUUUGAGGUUGCGUUCAUGUUGCAUUUGAUGAGAGAUGUAUUAGCAAUCACAAAUGAGCUCAAUAAAUGCUUACAAAGAAAGGAGCAAGAUGUUGCAAAUGCCAUGCUACUUGUUGAAGUAGCAAAGAAAAGGUUGCAAGUUUUAAGGGAUGAUGAAUGGAAUUCUCUUAUUGCUAAGGUAUCUAUAUUUUGUACCAAACAUGAAAUUUUGAUACCUAACUUUGAGGAGCCAUAUGUUAGCUCUUUAAGAUCACGGCGAAGACUUGCUCACUAUACAGUCUUACAUCAUUACCGUGUUGAAGUGUUUUGCAAUAUUAUUGAUUGGCAACUUCAAGAGCUUAAUGAUCGUUUUAAUGAGGUAUCUACUGAUUUGCUCCAUGGAAUUGCUUGUUUGAAUCCAAUUAACUCGUUUUCAAGUUUUGACAGCAAAAAAAUAAUGAGGAUGGCUGAAUUAUAUCCAGAUGAUUUUGAUGAAUUUAAUAUGGAUACUCUUGAGAAUCAACUUGCAAGUUACAUUGUUGAUGUUCGUGAUGUUGAUGAAAGGUUCUCUGAUCUAAAUGGACUUUGUGAUCUUUCCAAAAGAUUAGUCCAAACAAAAAAACAUUCAAAUUAUCCUUUGGUGUUCCACUUAGUGAAACUUGCUCUACUUCUACCAGUUGCCACUGCAUCCGUUGAAAGAGCUUUCUCGGCAAUGAAGUUUAUCAAGAAUGACUUGCGAAGUCAAAUGAGUGAUGAUUUUUUUAGUGGUUGUUUGGUGCCUUUUGUAGAAAAAGAUGUAUUUGAUAGUAUUCCUAAUGAUGCUAUUAUUAAGACAUUUCAAGAUAUGAAACCUCGUAGAGUACAAUUGUAA